UGCAACCUUCAGACCUGCUGUCACCAUGCAUGCUCUUCUCAAGAUCUUCAUUUUUUCUGCUCUGGCGGGUUUUGCCCUGAGUGUUAAAAUCAUAAAUGGUAACAAGACCAAGGAGAAUUCGAUGCAGUACAUGGCCUCUGUGCAGAGUAACAAAGGUCAUAUCUGUGGAGGAUUCCUCAUCAGUGAAGACUUUGUGCUCACUGCAGCUCACUGUGGGAGUCCAACACAUGUUAUCCUUGGCACCCACAAUCUCAACAAUGUAGAUAAAACGAACAAAUACCCUGUGAAGAUGUGCAAACACCCAGAUUACAAGGGAGUUGAAUCUGGGAACGACAUCAUGCUCCUCAAACUAUCAAGGAAAGCUAAGCUGGGAAGAAAAGCUCAUACAAAGACCAUUAAACUCCCGAGCCAAAAAAUGAAACUUAAAGAGAACAAAAAGUGCCGUGUAGCUGGAUGGGGCUGGACAAAAUCUGGUGCUCAAGAAACUGAAGUUGAUCUGCGAGAUGUGGAAGUUCCUGUCAUCAACCUGGAGAAGUGUAAGAAAGAGUGGAAGAAUAAUAUUCCUGAGAAUGUGAUCUGUGCAGGUGGAUACGGCACAAAGAAUGGGAUGUGUCAGGGUGACUCUGGUGGACCUUUGGUGUGCGACAAGCAGGCAGUUGGUGUCGUUUCCUUCAACAGUGGCAAUGACUGUAACUACCCAAAUUAUCCCAACAUCUAUACAGACGUGUCCAAGUUCAUCCCCUGGAUAAAGGGGAUCCUCAAGAAGAAGAAGUGUUAAAUGCAACAACAUUGAAAAUUGUUUCACUGUAAUGGAUGCAUGAAAUCAAACCUCACUGUUAAACAGACUCACCUAUAACAGUAGAAACACAGCUUGCAUACUUAAAGGCUAAUGGUUAAUGCUAAGUAUCACAAAUGCAACAUAUGUAACAGUUAUUUUUAAACAAAAAAAUAUAUAACCAUUAAAGCGUAUUUUGCCUGUUUUUAAUGACUGUCAGUGUUAAUUUGCUGUGUGUUUAAUGAUGACACAGAGAAAAGAGGUUAGACAUGUUAUUUGUGACUGUGGGAACAUCAGUGCUCAUAUCUGCAUCAGCAAACCAUGGUUACUGUGGUUUAUCAAGAUCAACUCACAGCUCAAAGGAACA